AUGCUCUCGUCACUACUCAUCCCGGUAUCCCUCAUCCUCCUUGCCGUUUCCAUUCUCCGACAAGCCAUCGUCUCGCCUCUCAACAAGCUCCCGGGCCCCUGGUAUGCAAGGUUCACAUCACUGGUCCUCAAAUGGCACGAGUUCAGGGCAAACCGUACCCGAUUUAUUCAUGAACUGCAUUUACAGUACGGGCCGGCCGUCCGCGUCGGCCCUAGCGAGGUUGCCUUUGCCUCGGCCGCAGCUGUGAAGGAGAUCUACUGCUCUGGGGGCAGCGGAUAUGACAAGACUGAGUUCUAUGACUUGUUCAAGGUUUACGGGAGAAGGACCAUGUUCACCACGUUAAAUAAGGAUGAUGUGAGACAUCGUACACUUGCCGAUCGUUACGCCAACACCAACAUCGUCCGGCCACAGUCUCUCGACGGGAUCACUGAGCGUGCAGCCAACUUUGUCACGAGAUGUUUCGAGUCCGUGGGCGGAAGCCUUGAUCUCUAUGUGCACCGGCUGUUCCAAUACUACUGGCCUGCCGCACACAAGAUACUCGGCAAUAUCCUCUACCUCUUCGCGAAGCCACGGGAGACGCCCCUAGCGGACGACUUUGUCCUCGACACAUGCGCCCGGACAGGCACAGCGCCCUUCACGCUCCUCAACCGCCUCCAGACACCGACCUUCAAUCUCGACAACCUGGACAUCGCUGCCGAAUGCCUCGACCACAUGGCCGCUGGCAUCGACACCACCGGCGAUGCAUUGUGCUUCUUGAUGUGGGAGCUCUCGCAGCCUUCCUCGAUCCACUGCCAGAAAAGACUCCAGGACGAGCUGCUCGCCAACCCCGGCACCGGCUUCGACAAGCUGCCCUACCUCGAUGCGGUUGUCAUGGAGGGACUGCGGUGUUUCCCAGCCAUUCCCAUGUCUCUCCCCCGCUAUGUCCCCGCGGGAGGCCGCACCAUCGACGGCUUCUUCCUGCCGGAAGGCACAACGGUGAGUUGCCAGGCUUAUUCGGUGCACCGGAUCGACCGGACAGUGUUCCCCGACCCGGAUACAUUCAGGCCCGAGAGGUGGCUGGAACCGAAGGGCGACGCCGAGAGAAAGAGGCUUUUCUUUGCCUUUGCGAACGGAGGGCGCGGUUGCGUUGGGAAACACCUCGCACUCGCUGAGAUGAAAAUGCUGCUCCAGGCCGUGUACUCCAGGUUUACCACGCUGCCGGAUGCCAGCAUGACACCCAAGUGUUUGGAGAUGUCUGACCAGCUGAUCUCGUCGCGACCGGCGGCGCAGAAGUGCUUGCUUCGGUUUGUGCCGCUGGACUUGGCGGAUCGAAAGUAA